UGAUUAGGAAAUCGAGAAUACCAGUUGCUCCCCCCAAUCGGAUUCAGGGUUCAAUGUUUAGUCUCUCGAUAGUCGUGGUUGCGUUCGAGUGCGGAAACUAGACGGCGGCAUGGGCAUCAAGGUCAAGGAAGUGACACCCGGGCAGAUCGAGGAGCUGCGCGAGAGGUUCAAUAGCAAGUACGCCUCCUCACCGCCACCAGAGCCCUUCCAUCCCAUCGACAUUGAUCGCAUCCGCAAUGAUCAUGUUUGGCUGCAAAGAUUCCUGGAAAUGCACGACCUGGACAUGGAUGCCUCCUUCACCAAGCUGUGGGAGACCUGCAUCUGGCGGCAGUCCUACGGAGCCAACGAUCUGGAUGAAAGUAAACUUAACCAGGAAUACCUAAAGGAAGGAUCCAUAUUCGUGCAUAGCACUGACGGAGAUGGCAAGCCAUUGCUGGUUUUUCGCGUCAAUCUGCACAAGAAGACCAAGAACCUGGACGAGUUGAUCCGCAUCGUGGUCUAUUGGGUGGAGAGGACCCAGCGGGAGCAGCACAUGACCCAGUUGACCAUCUUCUUCGACAUGGCGGGAACUGGUCUGGCCACAAUGGAUCUGGACUUUGUAAAGCGCAUUGUGGAGACCUUCAAACAAUACUAUCCCAAUACUCUGAACUAUAUUUUGGUUUUUGAACUGGCCUGGGUUUUAAAUGCCGCCUUUAAGGUAAUCAAGGCCCUGCUACCGCCAAAAGCCGUUGAAAUCCUGAAAAUGAUAUCGAAAAAGGACAUCACCCAGUAUAUACCCAAGGACAACUGCCUGGUUAGCUGGGGUGGCGGUGACAGCUACGAGUUCAGCUUUGAACCGGAGGUAAGAAGGCUGCCAGCCAAGGCGCCGGCAACUGCCACUACGACGGAUGAUGACCAGUUUGCGGACAGAAAGGUCACCUUUGCCAAUACCGCUCCCAUGGUCCUCAAGGAGUCCAACAUCGGUGAAAUGCACACUCCAUCGGAGGGUAUGUUGCGCCUGGAUCCCAAGGACUUUGUCAACUUUAAUUCCAAAAAUGCCGAGGCCACGUUGAACCUCAAGUCCAUUACCAGUUCAGCCAUCACGUACAAAAUUCAAACUACUUCGCCGGAGAAGUUUAGGGUGCGGCCUCGAUGCGGAAUUAUUCAGCCAAACCAGUCCGCGGCCAUCAAUAUCUGGCUGAAGUCGGAGCACCAGCUGAGCGGCGAGAACAAGGAUAAGUUUCUGGUUAUGGCCAUGAUGGCUCCUGGACCAGAGUGCGGUAGCACCGAUGUAUCAGAUCUGUGGCGUAACAAAGCCUCCAAUGCUGCGGAUUUGGAGCAGCACCGUCUUGUUUGCCGCUUCGAUGAUAAGAGCGGAUCGGGAGGCGGUGGUGGCAGUAGCGUGCACGGAACGAAGUCUGAUUGCGCCAGCAAAGCCAGCAAAACUAGUGUAGAUUGCAAGAAAUCCGGCUUGAAAUCCCGAGAUCCAGCUGAGGCAAUGGCACGACAGCUGGCAUUUACCCAGAACCUACAGUAUGUGACGCUGGCCCUACUCCUACUGCUCUUUGCCGGAUUUGGAUUUCUGAUGUACCAACAGCUUGGACAUCACGGCUCCACUUGUGGCCAUCAUAGCUCCCAUGGCCACAAAUCGACGGCGUAUACUUGUCCCAAGCGAAAAUAAUAUUUACUUUCUCCGUGUAAUAUGACCAGGCCGGAGUCGAACGAUGUGGAUCUCGACAACAACAACGAGGAUUAUAAGCAGCAACAGAACAGCAACAGCAACCAUGUCUGCCGUGAGCUGGAGAAUUGCGCCUGCGCUCUUGACUUGAUGAAUCUGGGGCUAGAGUGCGACCUGGUGGAUGGUGAUGGCGAAUGUCUGGAGGCACUCAUCCAGGCGCAGCUGCAGCUGUGUCGCAGCUGCCUAGGCGGCGGUGAUCGACAGCUGGGCGGCGUUGCUGCCGGCGGCCAUCUGCUCGGCUUGAUCGCCUUCGCUAGGAAGCUAAUGCGUCUCGCCCUCUCGUUGUCUUUGUUGUUCGGCAUCUUGUUUGUAAGCUUCUACCUGGGCAGCAACUAUGGCGGUAAUACCACCGUCACCACCACCACCACGUCGCUAGCCACUGUCGACUCGGGUGCCAGAGGCAGUAGUAGCCAGCAACCGUGUUUCUAUACCUAAUAAUGCCAAAUCCCAGACCUGGUGGGUCGAUUUGCGAGAAUGCAAUUGUAGUACAAUUCGUCCACAACGAAAAUAUUUUAAGCCAGGUGUUUUAGUUAACUUAUCAAAAUGGUAUGCAGUACUUCUGACCUGGAUUUUACCUUUAGAUCAAAAAGGCGCUCGCCGUUCGUCGCCGUUUCCUCUCGGGAAUUAUACUCGGAUUAGUAUCAACCAAAUCGACCCACCCUAAAAAUAUAUAUACGUAUUUAUAUAUAUACGUCUUCAGAUGAAUAGAAAAUUAAAGAUUUCGUGUUUCAUGGUUCGCUCUGCUUCAGUUCAGCCCAGCCCUGCCCAUCCCAGACCCCCACUUUCGUAGCUCGUUGUCGUCGGUUAUCUCCCAAAAUUCCUCCCCGCCUGAGCCAAGAAUUUAAUCGUAAACUGUGUGUGAGUAGGAUAUGUCUUUUGUAUAAACAAUUGUCGGAUUAAAGUUGAUUAGUUUGUAAAUAUA